UUCACAUGCACACAUGCAGCUCUGACAGCAGUAAAGAUUUUCCUGCAGAAACUCGCACAGCUCUUUGCUGGUCACUGCAAAGAGUUUCUGCAAUUUGACAAAGAGAAAGUGUUCCAAAAACCUCUGGAUGGUGUUUUAAACUAUCUUGGGACAAAUACUUGCAAAGAUGAGGACUGUUUGGUGCAUGAUUGUGGGGGCUUUGAUAAUUGCUGUCCAGUCUCAGGACGGGUUAAGGAGGAGGAAGAGAGAAUGGCUCAUUCCUCCUUUAAAUAUUCCUGAAAACAGCAACGGACCCUUUCCACAAAAAAUUGCUCAAGUCCGUGCCAGUCAUGAUAAGUCAAAGAAGGUGUCUUACAGCAUCAGUGGUCCUGGAGCUGAUCAGGAUCCUCUUAACAUCUUCACGGUGGACAAGGACACUGGUGAUCUGUAUCUCACCCAACGACUAGACAGAGAGAAACAACACAGCUAUAGUAUGCUGGUUAAGGCUGUUGCUGAAGAUGGAUUAGCUACAGAGGAUCCCAUACAGAUUGUCAUCAAUGUAAUUGACAUGAAUGACAACAAGCCAGCUUUUACUGAAGACGUCUUUGCUGGAGAAGUUGUUGAGUCCUCACCAAUAGGUACUGAAGUGAUUCGGGUUACCGCUACAGAUCUUGAUGAACCUGGUUCUGACAACUCCAUCAUCAGAUACAGUAUUGAGAGCCAGGAGCCACAGGAGUCCAAUUCCUCCAUGUUCACUAUCAACCCUGUGACAGGAGUCAUUAGUGUGGGGGCUCUAGGGCUGGACAGUGAGAAAUAUCCUCAGUACACUCUGGAGGUAGAAGCUGCAGACAUGAGAGGAGAUGGUUUGACUGGAAGAGCUAAAGUUGUUGUCAAUGUGACCAAGAGUCUGGAAAGUGUUCCAGUGAUAGACCAGAGCUCUUCUCAGGACGGGUUGAGGAGGAGGAAGAGAGAAUGGCUCAUUCCUCCUUUAAAUAUUCCUGAAAACAGCAACGGACCCUUUCCACAAAAAAUUGCUCAAGUCCGUGCCAGUCAUGAUAAGUCAAAGAAGGUGUCUUACAGCAUCAGUGGUCCUGGAGCUGAUCAGGAUCCUCUUAACAUCUUUACAGUGGACAAGGACACUGGUGAUCUGUAUGUCACCCAACGACUAGACAGAGAGAAACAACACAGCUAUAGUAUGCUGGUUAAGGCUGUUGCUGAAGAUGGAUUAGCUACAGAGGAUCCCAUACAGAUUGUCAUCAAUGUAAUCGACAUGAAUGACAACAAGCCAGCUUUUACUGAAGACGUCUUUGCUGGAGAAGUUGUUGAGUCCUCACCAAUAGGUACUGAAGUGAUUCAGGUUACCGCAACAGAUCUUGAUGAACCUGGUUCUGACAACUCCAUCAUCAGAUACAGUAUUGAGAGCCAGGAGCCACAGGAGUCCAAUUCCUCCAUGUUCACUAUCAACCCUGUGACAGGAGUCAUUAGUGUGGGGGCUCUAGGGCUGGACAGUGAGAAAUAUCCUCAGUACACUCUGGAGGUAGAAGCUGCAGACAUGAGAGGAGAUGGUUUGACUGGAAGAGCUAAAGUUGUUGUCAAUGUGACCAAGAGUCUGGAAAGUGUUCCAGUGAUAGACCAGAGCUCUUCUCAGGACGGGUUGAGGAGGAGGAAGAGAGAAUGGCUCAUUCCUCCUUUAAAUAUUCCUGAAAACAGCAACGGACCCUUUCCACAAAAAAUUGCUCAAGUCCGUGCCAGUCAUGAUAAGUCAAAGAAGGUGUCUUACAGCAUCAGUGGUCCUGGAGCUGAUCAGGAUCCUCUUAACAUCUUUACAGUGGACAAGGACACUGGUGAUCUGUAUGUCACCCAACGACUAGACAGAGAGAAACAACACAGCUAUAGUAUGCUGGUUAAGGCUGUUGCUGAAGAUGGAUUAGCUACAGAGGAUCCCAUACAGAUUGUCAUCAAUGUAAUCGACAUGAAUGACAACAAGCCAGCUUUUACUGAAGACGUCUUUGCUGGAGAAGUUGUUGAGUCCUCACCAAUAGGUACUGAAGUGAUUCAGGUUACCGCAACAGAUCUUGAUGAACCUGGUUCUGACAACUCCAUCAUCAGAUACAGUAUUGAGAGCCAGGAGCCACAGGAGUCCAAUUCCUCCAUGUUCACUAUCAACCCUGUGACAGGAGUCAUUAGUGUGGGGGCUCUAGGGCUGGACAGUGAGAAAUAUCCUCAGUACACUCUGGAGGUAGAAGCUGCAGACAUGAGAGGAGAUGGUUUGACUGGAAGAGCUAAAGUUGUUGUCAAUGUGACCAAGAGUCUGGAAAGUGUUCCAGUGAUAGACCAGAGCUCUCCUGCUGAGAGGUUAAGGAGGAGGCGACGUCGCUUUUCCCUUGCUCCUAUAGGUAUCGUUGAGAACAAUAAUGGACCCUUUCCUUUAAGAAUCAAACAAUUCAGGUAUCUGAUGAACCCCGACGAAAAGAUAUCUUACACGAUCAUUGGUUGUGGAGCUGAUCCUCUUAACAUCUUUUUCGUGGAUAAGGACACUUGUGAUCUGUAUGUCACCCAACCAUUAGACAGAGAGGAAUGCAGCCACUACACAUUAAGGUUCGAAACAGUGAAUGAGAAUGGAUAUGUUGAAUAUAUAGACCCACCGUUUACCAUCAAAGUGUUCGACGAGAAUGACAACAAGCCCAUUUUUACUGAAGACGUCUUUACUGGAGAAGUUCCUGAAUCCUCACCAAUAGGUUUUUCUGUGUUGCAGGUUCAUGCCAAUGAUCGUGAUGAACUCUAUACUCCGAACUCAGACAUCAGAUACAGUAUUCAGAGUCAGAACCCACAGGAGCCCAGUCCAUCCAUGUUCACCAUAAACUCUCGGACUGGAGUCCUUACGGUUAAUGCUACAGGGCUGAACAAGGCGAAAUAUCCUCAGUAUAUUUUAGAAGUGAAAGCUGCAGAUAUGGAAGGAAAUGGGUUUUCGGCAAAGGCCAAAGUCAAUAUUACAGUGAUGGCCAAUAACGACCAUGCACCAGACUUCCCUCGUUCUUUUUACAUGACAGCGGUCAAGGAAAAUGCAGUGGGUGCUUUGGUUGCUGACAUCGUAGUAACAGAUGGGGACAAACCACAGACCUCAGCCUGGAACGCCAAGUUUAAGAUUGUUGGUGGAGAUCCUGACGGACUCUUUUCUGUGAGGACAGCUGAUGAUAACAAGCACAGAGGAAUCAUUACAACUGCAAAGGCUCUGGAAUAUGAGAGAAACAGAACUCACAUCCUGCUGGUCACAGUGGAGAACGACAUCCCCUUUUCAACUCCAAUGACCACCUCCACGGCCACAGUGCUGGUGAAUGUGCUGGACGUCAAUGAGACUCCAGGGCAAAACACGGCCUCCAACCCAGGACAGACUCAUGAACUGAUCCGUGAAUCAGUAAAGAGAACCGGAAUGGUUAUGGUGAAAAAGAACAAGAAAAACAGGACUCCAUUGCAGAUGGGCAGCAGGUAAACAGCUGAUAAAGCUGCAUCUGAUGAAGAUGAAUGGGCACCCUCAUCCUCCAGCUGCAGUUGACGUAACGUGCAUGUCUGCGAUACAAAAGGUUAACCAUUCAGUUUUGGAGAUUUUUGCUUUUGAAGGUUCAUGUUUAUUUGCAGUUUCCAAUCAAUGCUGUUCUCUCAUAUAUCAAAGGAAGCGGUGGUGGUUCAUAAAUAGUGGAAUAAAAUGUUUUGUUUUUUUUGUUGGGUUUUUUGGGGGAGUGAUAUGCAUUCAGGAUUAUAGCAAGUCUCAUCUAACUUUUUGGUAGUUGCUAGUUUGUGCUGAUUGAUUAACUUUUACCUAUUCAGUCAGAAAUUUGGGGGUUUGACAUCAACUGAGAAUGACAGAUGAAGAAAAGAUUAAACCUGAUCUCCAAAGUUCAAUUGAGUAGUUGUCACUUUCAAAGCAAGCUUUUUGUUUGAGUUUUUAUGUACUUUUGUUGCUGAAUUUUGCAUUUUGUAUCUUUCAAUAAAAGCAACAACAACAAAA